AUGCAAAAAUUCUAUGAAGCUACCAGACAAAAUAAAGAAAUUAUGCAUACUGCUUUUGGAAGACAACUAAGACUAACAUGGGAGAUGAUUGAAGAAACUGUAAACCUUGAUAUGAAAUACUACUGUGAAAGAGUUCAAGGAGAUAUUUAUAUUAUCCACGGAGAUAUUGAUGAAAUUUGUCUUUAUGCAGGCUCUUUAGAGUAUGUACGAUUUUUAAAAGGAAAAUGCAGGGGGCAUUUCACGCUAAGCUGCGAUCAUUUAUAUUUUGGGGUGUUUGAUGAAGUAGCUGGAAUUAUUGAAAAUAUUAUGUCUAAAUAA